CUGGCGAAGCGAGGCGGUCGUGAGCUGCUGCUGCUGAUCGUCCUCCGCCGCCAUCGCGGCUGGUCAUCGCAAACAUCCAGCUCAUCGAGCUCAGCAGCUCUUCGAGAACCACGCCGCGCUUCUCCAUGGAUUCCCUCGCGAAUCCGUCAAACGCGGCGGCGAGCACGACGGCGGCACCGUUGGACGCGAUGGAAAUCCAGUUCCGCUCACUCUCACUCCCUCAGCUUCCAAUCUUCCUCGACCGCUCCUGGCAGUCGUACUCGUCGAGCAGCUUGCUCGACCUCUCCAGGCGAGAGAGCAUAACGUCAAUUUCGUCGGCGGAGACGGAAACUCGCGGCGUCGGGAUCCUCUCGAUCCCGAACCUCAGGUUCUGAACGCACCAGUCCUGGAUCAUGCUCCUGGUUGGGGACCAGCCGCCUUUCAAAGCUCUACCGCCACAGGCGCCGGCCUAAGCUCCAAUCGUCGGGUCGGGGGAAUAUAGGCCCGAUUGCUGUGAAAAGAUAGGGUGGGUGGCAGGGUGGGGUUGAAACUUUUUUUUUUAAGAAUAAUAUUAAUUAAUAGAU